UGGAGUAGGCAAGUUACUAGCAUGAAAUAUGCAGCAAGUGUACAAUUUGAAGAUAGUUAAGACACUUGUUAUUUGUUUGCAAUAUUCAAAGAGAACACAUGGCUAGGUGCAAUGGUGGGAACAAGAAGGUAGCUUAUUAAAACUGAGGCCAGAGUACUAGGAUCAAAAUCCUCUCACGUCACGUUUUCUCCCGUGGUUCUAAGGGGUGGGUGAGUUUCAUCACUAUCAAAGAUGAAUUUCUUCGAUUCUGCAAUGGUAAAAUUUCACCAAUUCCCAAAUAGUAACAAACGAUUGAAAUUUCACUAUUAUAAUAACGAAAUUCUUCAUUCAUAAUAAUAAAAUUCUCAUAGCAGGAAACCGCGGGAGCGGAAAAAUCAUGACUGGAGAUGAUUUUGAUCCUCAGUAAUAAGGUUGGACCUUGCCUGAAAUUGAUUAAACACAAAGAACACACAUAACUUUGACAGAGCCACAUUUAUUCAUUUCCUAAACAACAGAGCAAGUGUAGGAAAUCUUAUUUGGUCAGUGAUAAGUAAAAAAAUGAUGGCCUUGUCACGUGUUCUUCCCAUUUCAAUAUAAAAUAGUAAUCCCUUUAUUUGUAACGUAGGAGAAAAUUUUUCUUUCACAUUUAAUACUUCGUUAUCAAUGCUAUUAACUAAUUGUAUAAUUUCAAAUAAGUAAAAAUGUCUUAUUUUAGUAAAUUAUAUCACUACAUGUCUACCUGGCAAUAUUUAAUAAGUUAGAUAAUAUCAUAUCAUCGCUACAAUGAACUUAUUUAAAAUUUUCUCUUAUCGUGUAACUUAUUGACAUGCACAACUAUUAUUAUCAUAUCACAUAAAUUAUACUAUUAUUCGAAAAAUGAAUGAAUAGAUCCCCUUUUUAUUUCUAGGAAGGCUUUCACACACUACUGUUACAAUUGUUUAUGACUCCGUAAUCUUAUCAAUACUGUUACAAGUGUGUUCUAGUGGUGUCACUAUAAUAAUAAAAAAAUUAAUUAAGCUGAGUCUUAAUGUAAAUUGCCCUGAAACCCAUUUUAUAGUAUCAUAGCCCCAAAUUGGCGGGAAUCCAUGUCCCCGAGACUUGGCGGGAAAAUAUACCUAGUUUCCUAUUAGGGCGGGAAGGCAGGCAAAACAAUUUCAGGGAGAGAGAGAAACGGAGAGAGAUGGUUGGAGUACCGUACGAUUGCCUGGUGAACCCUCUCGGAGCCGUACGAUUGACAUUCGAGAAGGCGGUGGCCUCAGGCUCAGAUCCGGCCACUUUCAAUGGCGGAGACUGGGGUGCCACCGAUCUCUUCCGCGACUUCCUUUUUGAUAGCGGCGGCCUCUCUCAGGUACCGAUAGUUAAUCCUGCAAAUCUCAAAUGGGUUCAACCCAACACUCUAGUUCGAUUUCGGGGAAUGAUACAAGACAUGCUGGGUAAUGAGUUAUAUGUUGGUGCCUAUAAGGAUGGGGCAAUGUGGAGAACCAACAAGUUUAGUGAUGUUCCUCAAGUUCCCAUUUGUUCAUCAUCUGAUAUGAGGAUCUGGGAACGCCGUCUGCUAUAUUGUGUUCCUGUACCCGGGCAGAAUAAAUGGACUGAAUGUUCUUCUGAAGUUCUGCUAAACCAAUGUACAAACUGGACAUCCCCAAAUAGGGAUAAGCGGCAGAGGGAGGAUGGGGCAGCUACUGAUGACAUGGAUCUGCAAGUCUCAGAUAAUGAGUUGCAGGGUACUCCAUGUACUAAAAAGAUGCGAGGGUGUGAACCCCAUUCCCAGUCUUCUCUUCAACAGGAGUCCACAAUCGAGGGCUUUUCUCCUAGUAUAUGUAUGGCUCCCGAUUUUGACAGAAACUUUCUUCCUUGUCUGGUGAAGAUAUAUGAGUCUCCCGAGUCUGACUUGAAGCUGAAUGAUGUUUUUGAGUUUGUUGGUGUUCUAACGUUUGAUCUGGAGCUUACAGUGGACAAGGAUGAUACUGAGAAUUUAGAAAAUAGUUUCUGUGACGAUGAAUUGUCGCAUUUGCCUCCUAGCAAGGUACCACAGCUACAUUGUCUUGUACAUCGGAAGCUUGCAGCUCAUGACUUUCUUUCUAGUUCCCCUGUGAUGGAGCCAAAAACCCAUUUGGUGAAAGAGUCGAGGACUGCUUUGCUGAAGCAUCUCACUUCUGUUCUUGGAAAUGAUGGGGUGGCAGCUCAUUUCAUGUUGUUGCAUCUUUUGUCCAGGGUGCAUGCUAGGGUAGAUACACUUGCGGUGGGGAAGCUCUCACUUAAUCUUACUGGUUUUAGCGAGAAAAGUGUGUCUGUUUUUGGGAAUAGUGUUAACCUUGCUAUCAAGAAUCUUCUACCUUUCACUCAAUGUAUACCCCUAACAGUGGAUUAUCUCAACACUGCUUCACUUGCCCCAAGAAAGGAUUACCAGACGAACAGACUGGUAUCUGGAGUUCUGCAGCUAGCUGAGGGUUCACACUUGACAAUUGAUGAGACGCAGUUACAAGCAGGGACUCUCAACUCUAUUGGGGUUGAAAAUGUGAGAUUGUUGAAAAGCCUAAUGGAGUCCCAAAAAGUGGAGUAUGAUUUUCAGUAUUAUAAAAUGGAGAUGGCAGCAGAUGUCCGAUUACUAAUUUUGUCGGAGGGGAAAUCAAACAUCCUACCAGCAGAUCUAGUUCUUCCUUUCCGUCCAUCUUCGGUGGGUUCCUCUGAAAUUGAGGAUGCAGAAGCUGUGAAAGCUUGGAGAUGGUACUUGGCUACUCUUGGAUCCCUGCCACAUUCUAUUGAAUCAGAAAUGCUCAAGGUGGUAGAAGAUGAUUUGGUUGCAGCAAGGCAAGCAGAUCGGAGCUUAUGCAGCCGGGAUUUUAGCAGGUUAUUUAUGGCUGACAAUGAGCCGUUUAAUGUCCCUGAGCUUUGGUGAAACCUCCCUAUCACUGGAACACUGGCAAAUGGUCAAGGAACUUGAGAGGCUCAGAGGGGAGAGGCUCCGGUGUAGUUUUUAACCAAUUUGUUUGGAAGGAAAUAGGGUGUUAGUUGAUGUAAAUUAUAAAUUCAUGGUAUGGACUAGAUUCAGUUAGUUGAAUCAUUUUGUAUGCAAUGGGAGUUGCUGCAAUGAAGAAAAAAAAAAUUCCCAAGAAAUACAAUGGGUGUCAGAAUGGUCUCUUCUUGAGUUGGAUCCAUUUGUUUGAUUUAGACUUCGAAUUUGAUUAUACCA